UUUACGAUGCUCGCACAAGCUCCCAGGUCACACUUGGUCCUGAAGCAUGCCAGUUUCCCAUGGGACCCCCCGGUCUGGGUGUCAUCCCUGCUCCCGCAGCUUCUCAGGACCAAAGGUGACACCUCGCACCUCUCACUACAUAUAGGAAGCAGCCUCCCAGCCCCUCCUCAUUAUCCCGUUCAAGCACUGACAGCCAGUCCUUUUGAGAUCAGCACCAGCCACAGCUGCAGACCCAUGGAGACGUCCUACUCCUCCGUCCAGUUCCAGGAGAGCUCUUUGCUGUUCGACUACGAGGCCCUGCUAGAAAAAUCUCUGCUCCACGAUCGGUCCUCGGACCCUGGCUACGUCAGCGCCUGCGGCAGCCUGUCUCCCACCUCCUCCGUGGACUCCUUCUGCUUCUCCCCCAUCUCCCUGCAGUCUUUGGGAAAUGACCCGGACGCUCUGGACAGUUUCUUCUUCGGCACCGCAGCGGGGCCUCACUCUGCCCAUCAGAUCUGUCCCGGAUCCGUCUCUGCAACCGCUGCCCCCGUGAAGGAGUCCAGGUCCAGGUAUCCAGGCAAGAAGCGGCAGACUGCCAGUGAGAGGGAGAAGCUGAGGAUGAGGGACCUGACCCGAGCUCUGAAUCACCUCAGGACGUACCUCCCGCCCUCUGUGGCGCCACCGGGGCAGACCCUGACCAAGAUCGAGACGCUGCGCCUCACCAUCCGGUACAUCUCCUACCUGUCUGAGCAGCUGGGCCUCAGCGAGGAGGCGCUGCAGCGGAGGAGAUCCUCGGGCACAGCGGCGCAGAUCCAGAGCAUCGAGCAGUUCCUGGAUGGACCAAUGACAAGCCGUGAAUCACAGGACAGAUGUGAGGCUGUGAGCGUGGAGCAACUGUCCUCUCUGCAACAUCCAUAUCAGGUUUCAAAUGGGCCAUACCUCAACAGUGAGCGGUGCUGGAUGACCCAGGAACAACCUGAACCUUUAUUCUUCACUGGACAAUAAAAACAAAACAAUUAACUAAAUAGUUUUCAAGGCAAUACUGAGACCUGUGAUCAAAAUAUAUAAAACAAAUAUAGUAAUAUAUGAACAGAACAUCUUAAUCCUGUUACUUUGGAUGUUUUUCUUUUGUACAUAGAGCUGUGUAUUUAUUAGUGUUUCACUCAACAGAAUAAACAAAAUUUAUCAUCAAAACAAA